UUAACUCGUUGAACUACCAUGAAACUUAUGACAUACAAGGAGUUACUCCCUGUUGGAACGGGGUUGAUCAUAUUCGCUACUGGGUUUGGACUUGGUGCUGUCUAUAGUAAUUUGCCAUAUGACUAUGCCACUUUGUGGAGCUCUCCAGCAGAUAGUACGGCUGCUUUCCAAGCAUCUUUUGAUCACUAUUUGAGAUGGGCCAAUGUUCCAGCUAGAGUGCAUUACAUGUUACACUUUGUGUUUGUGAUUGGUUUGGUUGGAUGUUUGAUCAAGAUUUUCAAGCCCACUGAAGAUACCAAGUAUUUUGAGUAUGGAACCAUGGGGAUGCUUUUGUUGUCGAUUGUGAUAUAUUUGAGCAACUUGAGAACUGGAAUCAACUCGUGUUUCCACAACCAGUGGGGUGAAGUCCCCAUGGAAACCGGAAUCAAUGUUAUUGCUGCAUCCCAGUUCUUUAUUGUGGUAUUGCUUGUAGGUGUAUUGGUCUUACAAGGAGGUUUGUACUAUGCUGAAUGGUAUGAUAAGCAGUUGAAAAUUGAGUUUUAUGAGCAGAACCCAGACUACAAGGAGGUAAACGGUCAACCCACCAAGGUGGACGAGUUGACUGCUGCUGGUAAUGAGGAAGGUGAAGCUGUGGCUAUCACCUCGGGUGCCGAUGUGAAGAAGGACAAGAAAGACAAGAAAGACAAGAAGAAGAAGAAACAGUAGAGGCGAGUCUUUUAGUAUGUACAUCUAGGGCUGAAUCAGAUAUUUCCCAUUGUGUAUAAUAUGAAUCACGUUGUAGAA